AUCCUGACGUCAGCGGCCGGGGCGGUGCCAGGCUGCGGGCGGCGCUCCCCGAGGCGGCGGCGGCUCCGCUCCGCUCCGCACCCGCUCCGCACCGCUCGCCGCUGCCGCAGCCCCCCCAGAGCCCGCUGCCGCCGGGCCGCCCCCUCGCCGCCUCCUCCGGCGCAGGCUGCUCUGGGGCUCGAGGGCGAGCGAGAGGCAGAGCCGGCAGCAACCCGGGCAUCGGCAGCGAGCGCCCGGCCGGCCGCAGCAGCCCGGCAGCGGCUGGAAAUUUCGUCGUCUUCAGAGAGGGGAGGGAGAUCCUCGUCUUUACGAAGCCUCCUCAAUGAGUGCCAAGCUCUCCAAGGAGUUGAGGCUGUCCCUGCCGCCUUGCCUCCUGAACAGGACGUCCGCCACCUUGAACGCCAGCAGCACCUGCAUCGUGCAAGUGGGUCAGCUCUUCCAGUCCUUCUCGUCCACUCUGGUUUUAAUCGUGCUGGUCACCCUCAUCUUCUGCCUGAUCCUCCUCUCCCUCACCACCUUCCACGUCCACAAGAGGAAGAUGAAGAAGCGGAAGAUGCAAAAGGCUCAGGAGGAGUACGAAAGGGACCACUGCACCCGCAGCAGCAGUAGCGGCAGCCGGCAGCACCCCGGGACAGGGGCACGGGGAGAGGCACCCCAAGGAAGAGACAGCCGCCUGGGAAGACCCCCCCAGGACUCGGAGAUCCAGCGCCCCUCUCCCUCGGCAGCCCCCAGCUCCCAGCAGCCACGGGCUUCUUUGGACACAGCUGGCACGGGGCUCUUGCAAACAGUGAUUUUGUCAUGAUGGUUUGGGGGAGACCUCACGACGGCGCUGGUUGGUGUUUGUAAAUACCUGAGUGAUUAUUCUUGUCCCCGAAGAAGAAGAAAAAAACGUUGCUAAUUCAAAUGAACGAACGAGCCCCGAUCCAAGCGCAUGACAGAUCACAUUGCGUUUCUCAUUGACUGUGCAAGGAAAGGAUGCGUCUUUUUACCGGAGAAGGAGCUGCACUCAGCUACCACACACCAUCGUCCACCUGGAGGAGAGGGUCAGGGGUGGGGGUCCCUUUUCCCCGGACGUCAUUACCCUGAGGACCGGGGAUAUCCCACUCUCCUGGGCUUCCCCUGCACCCCAUGUCACCAUUGCAUGGCGUGGUUGGGGCGUGGGUGAGGGGUGCGGGGGGAGAGGCAGGUCUGGCGGGCACCUCGGGACCCCCUGUCCCCUCAGAGAAGGGUGACAGCCCACCACAUUCUCUUCUUCUGUGCCAGGACCUAUGCCCCUGUCCCACCCCUCUCACUCCUUUCCAGGACUGGAUAUUGUUUUGUGUAGAAAUGUCCUCCCCCGGUUGGGCUUCAGAAAACUGCAGGCGCCCCGUGGCCCCGUCCCCCCAGCCGCAGCGCUGAGCCCCCCACCAUCCACCCAGCAGGAUGGGCAGAGCAGAGCAGAGCCUUCCUCUCCCCUCAGCAUCCCUCACUUUCAAACACCCCCCGUGACACAGACCCCGAAACCUGGCACUGUUCUGCGUGGUGGUGAGAGGCGAUGCGCCCCAAGGGAGGGUGGCCUUGUCCCUCCUGGUGGUCCCCAAAAAACCUGGUUCUGCACCAGGCACCCUGCACCGACUGCGCUGCGUUCACAGCUUCACCUCCCGGCAAGGAAUCCUGCAGCAGAACGGGGCUGGCUCCUACUUUUUUUUUCUUUUUUUUUUUUUUUUUUUUUGGCUAAUAUGUAUUUUUAUCCCUCCUAACCUAGUAGGCAGUUAAGGAUGUGCAACAAUUUUCUCCCUUUUGGGGAGCAAACCGUGCAGUUGUGCAGAAUGUCAGCUCUUAACCCCUGGCAAACAUUUAUUUCAGAAGUGGCUGGUGUGGUUUCUCCUGAGCACACACCAGUAGCUUUUUGUGUGUGGCAGGCAGGUGCAAGGGGCUGUUAGUGCUGUGUGUGCUGGAGGAGCCCAAGGCAGCACCGGGUACAGAGAAUGGAGCUUCGCUGAGCGAUUAAAUCAGUGCCCAUUCCUUGGAGGUGCCUUAGCAGCGUGCUGUGUCCAAACUUUGAGACAUCUCGUGUGGUAUCACAGCAGAGGCAGCCCUCUACUGUGCAGAUUAACAUCUAAAAAAUACAGCAAAGGAAAAGUAAUCCCGAGGGAUUUCUUUUUCUUUUCUUUUUGCCUUUCCUAUCCCGGCAUUCAAAGUGGCAUGAGGAGAUAGUAGUAGUCCUCAGUUCUCAACGUUUUGUCCCCACUCUGCUGCACUCUGCCUCCCGGUGUGGCUGCUGGGCUGGAAAACCCCAGGCACAGGCAGGGAGCAAAUGCUGCUCACUGAGGUAAAAGGAGGAAGGAGGGCAGCAGAAGUGCUCCCUAAUCCUUCGACAGCGCCAAAAUGUGGAGGUUUCAGGGCAGCACCUCUGUUACCUCGUUUUACCCCUUCCUGAUGUUGUCUGGCCUGACAGGCAAUGACCGCUGGGUUUGGAUCCGUGCCUCCGGAUCCACGCUGUAGCAUCCCACUCGAGGAGCUGCUCCGCCAGCCGAGGUUAGUGUGGGGACGUGCCUGGAGCCAACGGGGCUUGCACGCUGCGGCGCGGCCGCACUGGUGGCUGAUGCUCCCCGGCAGCCGGUGCCACCAGAUGCUGAUGGCUCCUGCGUUGUUGCUGGGCAAGGAAAAUGGGCUUUUGUUUUGUUUCCCCUAAUAAAGGAUGCAUGAACUUUUGUGUUUAACCUCCUUAUGCAACUGCAGCACAGUAUUGCACCACAGGGAAUAGAUUUAGGACAACGAAGAGAGUUCAGUGAGCAGUAAUGGAGCUUCCUGGUCGUUGAUCUCCACUAAAUAGAGAGAUAUUACUUUCCCCUUUAUUUUGUGCCUUUUUCUUAAAAACCAAUGUAUAAUUUUGAGUUUUAUAAAAGCAAUAAGAUGUUCCAGAUCACUCCAGUGCAUUUCUGGUUGAUGGUUCCACUUCUUUAGUGUCUGAAAUCAGAUACUCUUCCUUCUGCCUUAUGCAUUCAAGGCAUGCAAUAAUUCCCCAGAAGUGUACUGCUUGUCACAUCUCAUUGCAGUUAUAAAAUUGCCCUAUUUUUGAA